ACGACCCUACUAGCAGUGUAACCAAAGUCUGGGAAUGAGCACAUUAUGUGGUGGGAAUGGCAUAACGACGAACUGAAUGGUUCAUUUCAAUUUCACUCUAUAGUGACCCAGAGUGAAGAAGGACCAGACCAGAACUAGAAUCAUUAGUCUCUACGACAAAGCCACACCUCCCAGCGCAGCACACUCUGAUGAUGGUCGGAAGCUCCUCUUAGAAUUUCCUAUCUCAAGAUGGAAACGCUUCCUUACUCGAUCCCCUCCACCAAAUUGCACUCCCUUCAUAUUUACACCGGUGCUUCACGAAUUCGAUCCUCCAGGCUCCCUUUUCGCCCUACCCGAUUUUCAGCCAAACCUUUAUAUUCCCCCAAAUUUUUCAUUCUCCCUCGUCACAGGCUUCGCUGUGUCGCUGAAUCCUCCGACAAUCACCACAACAGCCACCACCACGACCAUCAUGACCAUCACGGUCAUCACCACCAUCACGACCAUCAUGGUCACCACCACCACCACCACCAUCACCACUCGCACGGCAUCGAUGCUGCUAAUCUCACCGGGCCCCAAAAGGCGGUUAUCGCGUUCGCCAAAGCUACCAGAUGGAUGGACCUGGCAGAUAUCCUGAGAGAGCACUUGCAUCUGUGCUGUUUCUCCACCGCUUUAUUUGUGGCUGCUGCCAUUUGCCCUCAUACCUUGCCCAAGCCACUCGUCAGGCCUUUUCAAAACUCUCUCAUUUUCAUCGCAUUCCCUUUGGUUGGGGUUUCUGCAUCACUCGAUGCUCUUAUUGAGAUCAGUAGUGGAAAAGUGAACAUCCAUGUGUUAAUGGCAAUGGCGGCCUUUGCAUCGAUAUUUAUGGGAAACUCUUUGGAAGGAGGCUUGCUACUUGCCAUGUUUAAUCUGGCGCAUAUAGCGGAAGAGUAUUUCACUAGCCGAUCGAUGGUUGAUGUCAGAGAGUUGAAAGAAAAUAAUCCAGAUUUUGCCCUUGUUCUGGAUACCAAGGAUGAUAAACUCCCCAAUACAUUUGACUUGGCAUACAAGAGGAUUCCCGUGCAUGAUGUAACUGUAGGAUCAUAUAUUCUGGUUGGAGCCGGCGAGUCUGUACCAGUAGAUUGUGAAGUAUUCCAAGGCAGUGCCACAAUUACCAUCGAGCACUUGACAGGGGAAGUGAAACCUUUGGAAGCCAAAGUUGGAGACAGAAUUCCUGGUGGUGCAAGGAACUUGGAUGGGAGGAUAAUUUUGAAGGUAACAAAAACUUGGAAGGAAUCGACUCUCAGCAAAAUUGUUCAGUUGACUGAAGAAGCACAGUCAAAUAAACCUAAACUUCAAAGGUGGCUGGAUGAAUUUGGUGAACGAUAUAGCCAAGUUGUUGUGGUGCUAUCCAUUGCAAUUGCUGUUAUUGGACCACUUCUAUUUAAGUGGCCGUUCAUUAGUACAUCUGCUUGCAGAGGUUCAAUUUACAGAGCGUUAGGGCUUAUGGUGGCAGCAUCACCUUGUGCCUUGGCUGUGGCCCCAUUGGCAUAUGCUAUAGCAAUCAGUUCGUGUGCCAAAAAGGGAAUACUGCUCAAAGGUGGGCAUGUUCUAGAUGCUCUAGCUUCUUGUCGUACUAUUGCAUUUGACAAAACAGGGACAUUGACAACUGGUGGACUUGUAUUCAAGGCAAUUGAACCAAUUUAUGGUCAUCAUUUUAGAAACAAUGAAUCAAAAUUUUCUUCCUGUUGCAUUCCCACCUGUGAAAAAGAAGCUCUUGCGGUUGCUGCAGCUAUGGAAAAGGGUACUACACACCCUAUUGGAAGGGCUGUGGUUGACCAUAGUGAAGGCAAAGACCUCCCAUCUAUUUCCGUUGAGAGUUUUGAAUACUUUCCUGGUAGAGGCGUUACUGCUACGGUUAACAACAUUGAGUCAGGAAGUGGAGAUGCCAAACUAUUAAAAGCAUCACUUGGGUCUAUAGAUUUCAUCACUUCUUUUUGUCAAUCUGAAGAUGAGUCAGAAAAGAUCAAGGAAGCGGUUAAUACAUCUUCUUAUGGAAGUGAAUAUGUUCAUGCUGCCCUUUCAGUUAAUCAGAAGGUAACAUUGAUUCAUUUAGAGGAUAGACCUCGUCCUGGGGUUUUUAAUGUUAUUCAAGAAUUGCAAGAUGAAGCAAAGUUUCGCGUGAUGAUGUUAACCGGAGAUCACGACUCUAGUGCGAGGAGAGUUGCAAGUGCUGUGGGCAUCAAUGAGUUUCAUUGCAACCUGAAGCCUGAGGAUAAGUUGAGUCAUGUGAAGGAUACCUCAAGGGAUAUGGGAGGAGGCCUAAUUAUGGUGGGUGAAGGCAUCAAUGAUGCCCCAGCACUAGCUGCAGCAACUGUUGGGAUAGUUCUUGCUCACCGUGCUAGUGCAACAGCCAUAGCUGUUGCAGACGUAUUGUUGCUUAGAGAAAACAUUUCUGCCGUGCCAUUUUGUAUUGCAAAGUCUCGCCAGACAACUUCACUGAUUAAACAAAAUGUGGCUCUGGCAUUGACGUCCAUAGUUAUAGCUUCCCUUCCAUCAGUUUUGGGAUUUCUGCCAUUGUGGUUAACGGUUCUUUUACAUGAAGGUGGAACCUUGCUUGUGUGUCUCAAUUCCGUACGUGCUCUAAAUGAGCCAUCUUGGUCAUGGAAGCAUGAUAUCUUACAUUUGAUUAGCCAGAUUAAAUCUAGUCUUCUGUCUCUCAAGACAAAUAUCACGGGCUCAAACAGUAUCAUAACGGCGAAUUUGUAACGUAGUGUUGUAGCUUAUUGCAUAUUUUUAGUGUAUUGAAAAAAGUGUCAAUAUCCCUUUUCUUGUAUAUCUUUCUCAUCUCAGAAAAUUGAACAAUGCCUUCUGUUAGUUUCUCUUUAUUUAAUCUUCGUUUUC